AAUCCGUGAAAAAACCCUGCGAUGUUGCGCUACUACGCAAUCCUGGUGGCUCAACCUUUAGCUGGGUUGAAACCACUAGCCCUCUUUGCGUUUGAGAAAUUUGGAUCUUGUGGAAACGUCUUCGACAUGUGGCGCUUGGGAAUGAUGAUCGCUGCCAUGAGCCUUGCUCAGGUGACCCUGGCGGCUCGCCCGAUGCACUCGGAAUCCUCAUCAGCAGGAGCACAUACGCUGAAACACCAUACGCAUGGACAUGCUGCACAUGCUGGACAUGCUGCACAUGCUUCACAUGCUGGACAUGCUGGACAUGCUGAACACGCUCAUCACCGACAGAUCCAUGCGCACAAAGCCCACGCCUCCUCCAGCGUCGAAGCGCUCUCUGCCGGCUCCUGCGAUGCGUGCCAGAAGAAGUGCAGCAGGGACACCGUGGGUUUGAAGUGCAUGUACCAACGCAAGCCACGGAAGUACUGCACUUGCACCUUCUCAAUGGGCGAUGCGGGAUGCGUGGGGGAUGACGGACAGAACUGCCUUUAGCUGCGAUAUUGGCAGAUUCAAGACAUCGCUUUGGCAGAAA